AUGGCAUCUCGAAUCAUGUCUCUCCAGCAGUGCGAUCCAGGGACGAUUUCAGAAAUCGCACAAGCUUGUGGAGUUGCCCCAGACGAUAUCGAAGAUGUUUAUGCAGGGACUCCGCUUCAGCUGGGCAUGAUGGCCGAUUCGUCCAAGCGAAGUGGAGCAUAUAAUUACAGACUGAUCCUGAAUCUGAAGGACCGCGUCGACAUCGAACGGUUCUUGGACGCCUUUAGUAUUGUUGUUUCACGAAACCCAAUCCUUCGAACUCGAUUCGCAGACUCAGCGGUGGGCAUACUACAAGCAACCAUCAGAGAACGAUACCACACUCUGCGUUAUGGAGGAACAAUAACAGAAUACUUGGAAGAGGAUGGCUCGCGGCCGAUUGGCAUGGGUCAGCCAUUGCUACGCAGUGCCCUCGUUGAGCGAACACUGGUUAUUACCCUCCACCACGCCAUUGGGGACCAGGUUUCAAAUCUGGCUUUCCUGACCGAUGUGUCCCGUGUCUACCAAGGAAAAGAGCCAGAACUACAUGCACCAUACAAAGACUUUGUCCACUACUGCUCGAGUAUCAGCGAUCACGAUGCCGAGUCUUUCUGGAAACCUCGAUUCCAGAGUAUUCCAGCACAUUUCCCGACAGCCAUACCAAACCAUGUUCCGAACCCCACCGAGCAUAUCUCCCAACAUGUUGCUUUGGGUGCGUCUGCGGCCAAUGUUUCGAUCGCUUUGGUACCCUCAUACAUCGAGGUUGCUUGGGCUUUGACAGCGAGAGCGUAUACAGGAAGUGAUAGCGUGGCUUUCGGUUUGGUAUUGUCUGGUCGCUCUGCGGCUCUUGGAGGGCUCGAGACUACGCUAGGACCCACACUGGUCACGGUACCGGUGCAAGUAGAUCUCCCUUCCCAUGCUAGCAUCAAAGACGUGCUCCAAGAACGAAGCAAGCAACGACGUCAGCUGCAGAGCCACGUUGCGCUACAAUAUGGACUCGCUCGUAUUCGCAAGAUCAGCGCGGAGGCAAAGGCUACGGCUGCAUUCCAGACAUUGCUCAGCAUACGCCCGACAGGAGACGAAGGGACAGGCUUCCAGCAAUUCACAGUGGAGAAGAGUGAUGUUGUGGGACCGUAUGGAAUCAGUUUGACGGCUACAUUGGCGCCUUCUGGCAUUCUGCUCGAGGCGAGCAGUGAUCCGCCCGUACUGGAGAAGAAACAACUCCAGCGAGUCCUACAUCAGUUCGAGCAUAGUCUGAAAUGGCUACUGGGACAACCGCUGCACGCCACAAUCGACCAAUAUCCAGCCUUGAAUGUGCGUGAUCAAGCAGAGGUCAUGGCCUGGAAUGGCUUUAUACCCGAGCCAGUGGAGAGAACAUUGCAUGAUAUCUUUGCCGACCAGGUCCGCCUGCAGCCGAAGAGACCUGCAGUCGUUGCUGCAGAUGGUAGCCUGUCAUAUGAAGACUUGGAUGCCCUCUCCGAACGACUUGCUCAGCAGCUUGUGCAUAAGGGUCUUGCUGUGGAAGAGCCAGUAGCCUUCAUAUUCGAAAAGUCGCGCUGGACGAUCGUGGCCAUCUUGGCGAUAUUGAAGGCAGGGGGAGCAUGUGUUCCUAUCGAUGCCUCCAGCCCACAUUCUCGCAAGCUCUUACUCAUGUCUUUGGCCGGAGCACGCUUCCUUCUCACAUCAGAGCAACACAGUGCGGGUUGCGUCGGACUGUCGCAGCAUGCUUUGACGGUCUCGUCGAUGGAGCUGGACAAACUCCUCCCAGUCAGCUCUUCCCUCCAGGCCACAUCUCGAAGCUCACCGUCAAAUUUGGCCUACAUCAUGUUCACUAGUGGCUCGACCGGAGAGCCCAAGGGCGUUCUCCUUGAGCAUCGAUCUCUAGCAUCUUCGCUCACUCGGCUUUCUUCAAAUUUCGGCUGGGGAAGCUGCACUCGAACGCUCCAAUUUGCAGCCUAUGUCUGGGACGCCAGUCUUUUGGAGAUUUUUGGCGCAGUACUGUUUGGAGGCUGCAUAUGUAUGCCUUCACAGGCAGAGAGAGAGUCUGGCCUGGCCAGCUUCAUGAACUCUGCUAAAACGACAUGGGCUUUACUCACGCCUGCUGUCCUCAGAACGAUAUCACCAGAUGAGGUGCCACAUCUUGAGGUGUUAGCUAGCGGUGGUGAAGCCAUUGAUGUUGACGCAACGGCGCUCUGGAGCCGACGACUAUGCUUUUUGAACUGCUAUGGCCCAGCAGAAGCCAGCAUUAUCAGCACACUUGCAACGCUGUCACCAGACUCCCCCUACCCUCAGACCAUUGGACGCGCGACUGGCUGUGCAACAUGGGUUGUCGAUCCUGACAACGCGAACCGCCUUCUGCCCAUUGGCGCGACGGGAGAGCUGGUUGUACAGGGCCCAAAUGUGGCCCGCGGAUACCUCAACAACGAUAUCAAGACUGCACAUUCGUUCAUCGAGCCACCGUCAUGGGCCAUACGUGGACAUGGGCCUGGACAUAGACAGGGUGUAGCACACUCGGCUGCCUCGCAGAGAAUGUAUCGCACCGGCGAUCUGGUGCGUUAUAACCCUGAUGGCUCUCUAUGCUUCAUGGGACGGAGAGACCAGCAGGUGAAGCUUCGUGGUCAACGCUUCGAACUCGGCGAGGUGGAGGCUUCUCUAUCCAAAUGCCCUGGAGUGCGAGAAGUGUUUGCCGGGAUCGUAAUCACAGCGACGGGCCACAAGGAUCUGGCUGCUGUUGUGACGCUGUCCGAAACCACAUGCACGCAAUCAGCUUCUCCCGUUUUGCAGGUACUCGAUUCGACGCAGCUUGCCAAUGUAGACACGCUCAAGCGCCAAGUACAAGCAUUUGCUCAUAUGCAGCUGCCAUCGCAUAUGGUACCGACUUUGUGGUUCGCAGUGUCCGCCCUGCCCACAUCAACUUCAGACAAGCUGGAUCGAAAGCGUAUCAGCUCGUGGCUUCAAGAGCAGAACCUGGAGACAGCCAAGCUCCUCAUGAGUCAAGACGCAUCUGCAUCGACUACGACGACACCUCCGAAGACUCCUGAAGAGACUGCUCUACAAGCAGUGUGGUCGUCUGUUCUAGGCAUUCCCAAAGUUGAUAUUGGCCGCGAAAGUGACUUUAUUGCACUUGGAGGAGAUUCGAUCUCUGCCAUGUCGGUGGCAACUCGUCUUCGUAAACAGGAAGGUUUCCAGAUUGCUGUAGCAGCACUGCUCGGCAGUGGAAGUCUUGCGCAGGCUGCGGUGACAUGCACAGCGCUACACCAACCAUCGAAUGCCUCUGUCCUGCUCAACAGUGUUACGAGCACCAGUCUGUCUCCUGUACAACGACUGUUCUUUGAGAACGAUGGACCAGCGGCACACAACCAUUUCAACCACUCCUGGGUCCUGGAGCUACGAUCAGAUGUCUCUGCUAAAGCACUGGAGACUGCAUUGGCAAAGGUCGUGGAUCAUCAUGCUAUGCUUCGGGCACGUUUCAAACAAGGGGUAAAUGGUGCGUGGCAUCAGGAAAUCGAGGCAUUUUCAAGCGGCGCUUGGCAUUUUGCUCAUCACCAAGGGGUCAUGCCUGAUAGUGUUCCAGCUCUCGUUGAGGCACGUCAAGCUACGAUGGACAUCCACACUGGUCCUGUCUUCUCCGCCGACUUGAUCGAGAAGCAAAACGGCAGCCGCCUGCUUUUGCUUGUCGCUCACCACAUUGUUGUCGAUCUCGUUUCCUGGCGUGUAGUCUGGGAAGAUAUCGAGACUCUCGUCCAUGAGCCUCAAGCAUACCUCCCCGACAGUGCCUCUUUCUUGACUUGGACAGAACACCAGGCACAGUCUGUCGAUCCGACCGAUCUGAGCGACAGCUGGCCGAAAGCCAACCUAGGCUUCUGGAAUGUGCAGGACAAGCUCGCCUUGAGUGGCAACCUCAUCAAGCACCGCCUCGAGUUUGAUCCAGCUACGACCGAGCUCGUCAUGGGCUCUUGCAAUCUCGCCUACAAUACCACUCCGACAGAAUUGUUGCUAGCAGCCACCUUCAGAUCGUUUCAGAGAAUCUUUGCAGGUCAUAAUCAGCCAGCAGUAUACUGUGAAGGCCAUGGGCGACCUCUUUCAGAGACGGCACUGGAUGUGUCUCGCACAGUAGGCUGGUUCACAACCUUGACGCCUGUGGUACCAUCAGCUGCUGGUACCGAUCUGACAACUAUCGCUAUGAUCAAAGACAGCUAUCGCGAUGCUACCGUUAAUUCGCUACAUUCGUUCACGUCACGCAUGGCCAGCACCCAGCCCUUGCAUUGGCGAGACAUUGAGCUCCUCUUCAACUUUGCUGGUCGACUCCAGCAGAUCAACCAAAGUGACAGCUUGUUCAGUCUAGAUGCUCGAUACUCUGAUAAGGUCCUACAAGUAGCGGACAAUGUGCCUCAACCUGCGCUCAUUAGUGUUUCGGCAGCGGUCCAGGGCGAGUGCUUACAGAUAUGGGUCGAAUACAACGGCGAAAUGGCACACCAGGACCGUUUGCGUGGCUUCGUCGACGAGCUGAAGCAUGAAGUCGAACGCUUUUCAACCACUCUACCAGGCGGGCAGUCAGAACUUACGCUUCACGAUAUGCCAUUGCUUCAUGCAACAUACCAAGACCUGCCACGAAUUCACAGAUCACUGACCGCAAUUGGCGUGCCAGCUUCGAAUGUCGAGACUAUUCUGCCAUGUACGCCGAUGCAGGAGGGUAUGCUACUCGCACAGUUCAAAGGCCACGAGAACGCAUACCUCGGUCGUUUCAUAUUCCGACUGUCGGGGGGCUCAAGCCUCGACGUCUAUCGUGUUGCCGAUGCCUGGCGGCUGUUGUGUAAGACACACAAGAUGCUCCGAACGCUCACGACCAGUGGGCUCUGCUCAGGGGGUGCUUUUCAGCAGCUUGUGCUUAAGAAGACGGAGCCGCGGGUGGUUCAUCUCGAGGCCGGAGGAGCCAAAGAUAUCUGCUCGGUGUUGAAGGCAUAUGCACGACCCCGACUGCAGCCAGACCGUCCGACACACCAAAUGACUCUGGCAUCCGGCUCAGGGCAUGUCUACGCGAUGCUUGAUAUCAGCCAUGUCUUGUCCGACGCCCGGACCAUGCAGCUUCUAGCAUUGCAACUUCGAGCGGCUUACUUACAUCCACUGCAAGUGCCUAUCAGCCCUUCAUUUGAUGAGCAUGUUGCCCAUAUUCAGCAGAAUCGAGAGACCUCCCACAAGUACUGGGUCAACCACCUGAGAAAUGCACAGCCUACACUCCUACCACAUGUGGAGAACGGGGCUGAAUCCAAUGCUGAGGACGGUGCGAAGGCGAUUGAUGUCCCUUUCGCGAACGCGCCAGAACUACUAGCCUUCUGCAAAAAGCACAGCCUAACCGUGGCGAAUGUCGUUCAAGUCGGCUGGGGACUGGUCUUGCAACAACUGACCGGAUCCCACGAUGUUCUCUUUGGCUACCUAUUCUCAGGACGGGAUGCCUCGGAAGAGGCACAGAACACCAUCGGUCCUUUUAUCAAUAUGUUGACAUGCAGAAUCCAAGCUAACUCCGAUUUGAGAGUUUUGACUGUUCUGGAGAAGGCCAAAGCAGACUUCUCUGCAGGUCUCGAGAAUUCAGCUUGUGUCCUCGGCGAAUUGCAGGACGCGCUGGGUGUUGGUUCAUCACCAUUGUUCGACACGGCAAUGUCUGUGCAGCACACUUGGACUGAUGAGAUCAAAAGUCAGGGCUCGUCAGACCUUGCGAUUGAAUUGGAGCAUGUCGAAGAUCCCACCGAGUUCCCACUCACGGUGAAUGUCAUGUAUACGAACAAUUCUUUUGCUUGCAAAUUGUUCUACCAGGCUGGUAAACUUUCCAGAAGUCUGGCAGAAGACCUUGCCACCACGUACGCAGCUACCAUCGACUGCAUCAUCCGAGACGAUCAACAGUCUAUCGGCACGGUUCAUGCCUCUUCAAUUCUACCUCCUCCUCGGCCUGUCCGAUUGCUAUCAGCUCUGCCGGACAGAUGGAAUAGCGACUCUGUGCGGGCAGUCGACUCGUGUCUGCAUGAGCUGUUCAGGACGGUGGCCAAGAAUUAUCCAACGGCACCCGCAGUAUGCUCAUGGGAUCGCUCCCUGAGCUAUGGAGAUUUGGACAUCCUGUCAGAGAAACUGGCCGCAAUGCUGCAACGGAUGGGUAUUGGUCCAGCAUGUAUCGUUCCGUUUGUCUGCGAGAAGUCUGCAUUGGCUCCUGUGAUCAUGUUGGGGAUUCUCAAGGCAGGCGCAAUAAUGUUGCCGCUGGACAUUACUCAUCCAGUGGCUCGACUGACCAGUAUUGUACAGGAAGCCAACGCUGCGGUUGUUGUAUGUUCGUCCACCUUACAGCAUGCAGCCGCUCAGCUUGCUCCGCAGACUUUGGCAAUCGACUUCAAGACACUCGAGGAUGAAGCCUAUAAGACCAUCCAGAACAGCACCACUCCCUCCGACGGCUGCUAUGUGAUCUCCACGUCGGGCUCAACUGGAAAGCCCAAGAUGAUACUCGUGGAACACCGCAACGUGGCAACGAGCAUUACCUCGCACCUACAGCCCCUUGGAGUCAACGCUUGCACAAGAGUUCUCCAGAUCGCAACCUUCGCCUUCGACGCAUCCGUAGCAGAGGUCUUCUUUCCCUUGCUAGCAGGAGGAUGUAUUUGUAUGCCGAGCGAUGCCGAGAGGUCUGACAAUAUUGCCGCUGCCAUUGUGAGGACAUCUGCGAACUUUUCCUUCAUGACACCGUCCAUGGCAAGACUCCUCAAGCCCAGCAAAGUGCCUACACUGCGUACGCUGGCGUUGAUGGGCGAAGCGAUGACACAGGAUGAUGCCGAGCUCUGGAAAGACAUUCGCCUGAUCAACGCUUACGGCCCUGCCGAAGGUGCUAUCAUCUCCAGUUGCGGAGAUGUCGAUCAUGAAAAGGCUAAUGCCUUUGCAAAUAUCGGUCGACCGCACGGCUGUGCUUUCUUCGUCACGGAGCAAGAUGACCACAACGUCCUCGCCCCGAUUGGAUCUCCUGGUGAGCUCAUUAUACACGGACCUUCUGUAGCUCGCGAGUAUUUGAACGACCCAGAGAAAACUGCAGCUGCUUUCAUCUCUGCACCAGAGUGGAGCAAGUUCUUCCUGUCACUCCAAGCAGCGCAGUCGGAUCGAUUCUACAAGACUGGCGACUUGGUAGCGCAGAAUACCGACGGCUCCAUAUCUUACUUGGGGAGGAAAGGACUGCAAGUGAAGAUUCGUGGACAGCGUGUCGACCUUGCCGAGAUCGAACAUCAUCUGACCCUGUUGCUGGGCGGCACAGUCUCCUUGGCAGUCGAGACCGUAGAUGCACAUGGUGAUAAGAGUGACGGGCGACUCGUCGCCUUUCUCGCUGAGACGGCAUCCGAAGGCUUGGGUGAUGGCAGCAGCAACACAUUGGGCUGCAUGUUAACGGACCCGGAACCAGGUCAGGCCGCUCUGCUUCGUGAAGGCCUCCAGAAAGUUGUCGCCCCGUACAUGGUACCGGAUCUGUACGUGAGGUUGCAAACACUUCCCCUGUCUCCGUCUGGCAAGACGGAUCGAAAGCGACUUCGAGAGCUAGGCGCUGCAUUAUCAAAAUCAGAGCUCAUGGCCUAUAGUGCACUCCGCAAGGGGAAAGAGGAGAACCUAGCGAAAUGCGAUCUGCCCAUCGUCGAGCGACAUUGGACGGAACACGAGCGCAUACUCCAAGGACUUUGGUCCAAAGUCUUGGGUAUCCCACAUGAGUCGAUCGCACGUGAGGACAACUUCCUAGCAAUCGGCGGCAACAGCAUCAAGGUCAUACAACUCGUCGCGGCUGCUCGAGACCAAGAACUGCAGCUCACAGUGGCAGACAUUUUCGGCCAUCCCGUACUGAGUGAACUCGCGGCCGUCGUACGCACUACUGCCAUCAAAGAGAGCACGAUCGCGCCUUUCACUCUGCUUUCUGGCUCCCCUGACGUUGAGUCACUCUGCCAACAUGUGGCCGCCGUCUGCGGUGUUUCAGCAUCACAAGUUGAAGACAUGCUUCCUGCUACGGCGAUACAAGAGGGCUUGCUUGCGAUGGCUUCGAAGAGAAGCGGUGACUAUGUCGCUCAAAUGGUCCUGCCGCUCGGCACUUCGACUAAUCUCGAUGCAUUCAAGAAAGCGUGGGAAGCUGUGGUUGCAUCUGCACCCAUCUUGCGAACACGUCUGAUCGAUAUACCCGAACAUGGUGUUGUCCAGGUGGUACUCCAAGAAACUGUAGCUUGGACAGAGUAUGUUGAUCUGGAGACCGAACUUGCCAGCGAGCUACAAGCGGAAAUGACACUGGGCUCCUCGCUCAGCAGAGUGGGCAUCAAUGUGGACUCUGUAAGCGGAACGAAGAAUUUCGUGUUGACGCUUCACCACGCAAUCUAUGAUGGCUGGUCCAUGUCGCUGUUGCUCGACGCUGUCGAAGAUGCGUAUCACGAUAGGAUUCCACGACUGGUGUCGUUCAAGCCCUUCAUUCGACACCUCUGCGAGCAGAAGCUGGAAGAUGUGGAGAGAUUUUGGUCAUCACAAUUCGCGGGCCUGGAGGCGCCACCGUUCCCUACACUGCCAUCUGCGGAAUACACGCCCCGUGCAAACGCAACGUUCGAGCACAGUGUCACACACCUCAAAGGAUCCUCGUCAGCUGUGACCAUGUCCACCAUCGUUCGCACCGCCUGGGCACUGCUUCUUGGCUCAUAUACAGGUACCCCGGAUGCAGUAUUCGGCGCCAUAGUGAGUGGUCGACAAGCUUCCGUGCCAGACAUUGAACGUAUUGCUGGACCCACGAUAGCGACCGUACCAGUGCGUGUCAGGCUCGAAGGCAACCAGACUAUCGAGAGCCUACUUCACCGCGUUCAGCAACAAUCACUAGACAUGAAUGAGUUUGAGCAGACAGGCUUGCGUGUAAUCAAAGGAAUCAACUCAGAAGCACAAAUUGCAUGUGGCUUCCAGACUCUGCUAUUGAUACAGCCUCCGGAACCUUCAGAUGCAAGCAAAUCGACGAAGGAUAGCCUAUUCCUGCAGGAGAAGACGAGCAGGAACCAUGUCGCUUUCGAUGCAUUCUCCACAUACAGCAUCAUGCUCGUGUGCGAGUUGCAAGCUGACGGACUUCGACUUCGAUUCGCAUAUGACAAUCACGUUGUAGAGCACGCACAAGUUUCGAGGAUGGGUUCUCAGCUCGAUCAUCUGUUACACCAGCUCUGUGACAUCGACUUGCGGGGAGGCACUCUCGCCAAUCUCCAAAAGAUCAGCUCCGACGAUCUGCAUGAUAUCUGGAGUUGGAAUGCCGCGGUGCCCUCAACAGUCGCAGAGAGUGUGCACGACUUGAUCUCCAAAACGGCACAUAUGCAGCCUCAGGCUCUGGCUAUACAAGCCUGGGAUGGAAACUUGACAUAUGACGGUCUCGAUGAGUGCUCGGAUACGCUAUCCAGCCAUCUUCUGGCGCUUGGCCUUUCUCGGGGCGACGUGGUGACCCUGCUGUUCCCAAAGUCUAUGUGGACCGCCGUGGCCGCUUUGGGAGUCUGGAAAGCCGGUGGUGCAGCGCUUUUGCUCGAUGUUGCGCUUCCGCAGGACAGACUGGCUACCAUCAUCGCAGAGGCCAAGCCCAGGCUCAUGAUCUGUGCAGCCUCACUCGUCACGCUGUCCCAGUCUUUGGCACCAGCGUUGCAGCCUGUACCGCUGGACUGGAGCUCUUUCAAAGUGAUGGAUGGAAUUGAGCAGAGUGUAGAGCUGCCAACUUGGCACCCAUCUGACGUGUUGUAUAUGGUUUUCACGUCCGGGAGUACUGGAACACCAAAAGGCGCACUGGUCACGCAUAGCAACUUUGCCAGUGCUCUGCGGCAUCAAGCGGCCAGCCUUGGCCUCACCCCAUCUUCCAGGGUUCUUGACAUAUCCGCAUAUUCGUUUGAUAUGGCGUGGUACACCAUGUUGCACACCCUUUAUACCGGCGCUUGCCUAUGCAUUCCCAGCGAUCAGGAACGCAAGGAUGACCUCUCCGGUGCCACUCUUCGUUACGGUGCAACCUUUGUGAAUCUCACGCCCAAGGUCGCAAGUUUGCUUGACGGAGAUGCAUUGCGGCAGCUGAAAAAGAUUGAGAUGGCCGGUGAGACUGCAAGUAAAGAGCUCCUGGACAGACUACGGACGCAUGACUUGCAAAUUAGCAACGCAUAUGGACCUGCGGAGUGUACUGCGAUAGUCGUUUCGUCCAAUGAAAUGAGAACGCCAUCACACAUUGGACGCGGCGCCGGUGCGGUCACAUGGCUCAUGGACCCGCUCAACACAGAUCAUCUUGUACCCGUGGGUUGCAUUGGUGAGCUCUUCAUUGAAGGGCCAUUGGUGGGCAAAGGCUACCUGGGCCGACCGGAGCAGACCGCAGCGGCUUUCGUCGAGGAUCCGGAAUGGCUUGCGCAAGGAUAUAGCACGCAUCCAGGCCGGAGUGGCCGUUUGUACCGCACCGGGGACCUCGCUCGCUACGAAGCAGACGGUAGCCUAUCGCUGCUAGGUCGCAGAGACGGCCAGGUCAAGAUCAGAGGGCAGAGAGUGGAGCUUGCUGAAAUCGAACAUCAUAUUCAUGCUCUCCUCGAGGCAGCUGGCCACGCGGGCUUGCAUGUCGUGGCCGAGGUUGCAAAGCCUCUGAAUUGUGAUUCAGCCAGACUGGUGGCUCUCCUGGUUCCAACAGGGGCCAAAAACAUGACGGAGCAACGCUUGGGCCAAGAAGUCUCGCAUAUGAUCCGUGGUCUGGACGACAAGCUCGCGACACUCGUUCCUCAGUACAUGGUCCCGGAUGCAUACGUCCCGCUAGUGGAGAUCCCACAUACUGCUACGGGCAAGACGGACAGGAGACGCUUACGCGAGAAGAUUGCGUCCAUGGAGCUCGAGAGUUUGUCUGGUGCAGCCGAGUACGUUGCGCCGUCCACCGAGCUUGAGGCCAAGUUACAAUCAAUCUUUAGCGAUGUCCUGAACGUACCUGCGACCUCUAUAUCUGUGGAAGCUCCCUUCCGCAGUCUUGGUGAUUCCAUCCAGGCAAUGCAGCUCGUUGCAAAGUGUCGGCGGGAGCAGAUUGGCCUUACCACUGAGCGCUUGCUGCGAUUACAGACAAUCAGAAACAUCUGCAAAGAGCACGAAGCUUCGACUAGCAGCGGCUGUCAACUCGAUCAGAGCAUUGCCAAAGUCCUCCCUGCAGAACAGCUCCACACCCUUUUCGACUUGUCCCCCAUCCAACAGUGGUACUUCGACACCAAACCAGCCAAAAUGUGCUUCGAUGUUCCUUUACUCCUCGUACUGCAGCGCCGCUUGAGCCCAAAGCUGGUUAGGCGAGCCAUGGAACAUCUUGUGGCCCGCCACUCCAUGCUGCGAGCACGAUUUGAGCAAGACGCAGCAACAGGCCGCUGGAAGCAGCUAAUUCACUCUGACGUGGAAUCCUCGUACAGCUUUGAGUACCACGCUGUGGAGACCGAAGCUGCUCUGGCUUCGACAGUGAAGAGUUGUCGCGCGGGAUUGGACAUCGAAAAGGGUCCAUUGAUUGCAGCUCGACUGAUCGAAACGGGAGACUCUCAACUCUUGUUUGUAACCACGCACCAUUUGGUCAUGGAUUAUAUGAGCUGGCGCAUCCUGAUCGCGGAGCUCGAUGAUCUGCUCUCCAGAACCACCACGCCAGCAGUGGAGCAGGCCCCUUCGCACUCGUUCCAGCACUGGGUACUGGCACAAGCUGAAUACACCCGAUCGAGAUUGUCUCCUGAGCUUGCACUUCCUGCAAAUCACCAGAUCCUGCCUGCUCAAUUAGACUAUUGGGGCUUGAACGAGGCCAAAAUCCAAACCAUGCGAUAUGCAACUCGCGUCGUGACGCUCGACACCAAAGCAACCUCUCACAUCAUGGAGUCGCCAUACAUCACAAAACAAGCUUUUACGCCUUUCGAGCUCCUCAUGUCCGCCCUCUUCUACAGCUUCAGCCAUGCCUUUCCCGACCGCCCUCUCCCACCUUGUUUCGCCGAAGGGCACGGCCGCGAACCCUGGUCCGGAAGCCCCUUCGACCUCUCCCAAACCGUCAGCUGGUUCACCACCAUCUUCCCCAUCCAGCUCCCCCCAACAACAACAACAACAACAACCUCCCCCUCCCGAUCUCUCGCAGAAACCAUCCGAGCCGGAGCGCACGCAAUGCGAUCUCUCCCCCACCACGGCUUCGACUACAUGUCCACGCGCUAUCUCCACCCGCGCGGACCCGAGAACUUCCACUCAAGCCAAGGAACAUGGGAAUUGAAUUUCAAUUUUUUGGGAACUUUUUAUCAAUUCGAAAAGGAAGAUUCUCUCUUUCAUCUUCAACCACUUCCCUCCGGUUCGGAUCCCGAGAGUACGGCGGAUUUUGCCCCGACGGCUGUUUUUGAUAUUGGUGCUGUGGUGAUUCGGGGGGAGUUGCAGGUUACGUUUAAGUAUGCUUGCGCAGAACAUUUUGUGGAACGCUUGGCGGGGGAGUAUGAGAGAGUUUUGAGGAGUUUUGGUGCAGGAGGAGUAGCAGGAGGGAGAUAA